GUUUUAAUCAAUGAUCAAUUCUCCAACUUUUUCAGCACUCAAUCAGUUGAGUUACAUCUGGUUGUAGUUAAUAAGUAAAAUAAAAGUAAAUCAGUAUUAGCCACUAGCUAUGAGAAGAUUGUUCUUGAAAAAGGUAAGUGAAAAAAAAUGUGAGGACAAAUAUUUUCUAACUCAAAAACGCAAUUAUCAAAAUCGGAAAACAUGUGAGGUGCCAGCGGGCCACCCCCUAUCUCCUAGUUCCAUCUUUUUUUUUGGUAAAAAACCCCUAGUUCCAUCUUCGCGUCGCCUAUAAUGGAGGAGCUUGGGAACUUUUGUUCAUUCUUCUUUUUUGAGGUUGCCCUCUCCGUAUAUAAAUAUCCUCCCAUCCUUAACAGGUUUAUUACGGGAAAUACUAGUAUCAUUUUCAUCUCUUCCUGUUCACCUUUCUUCCAUAGCACAGCAGCGCAGCAAUAUAAUGGCGCCGCCACCGCCGCCGCAUAUUGUAAUAGUCACCUACCCGGCGCAAGGGCACAUCAACCCUUCUCUCCAGUUCGCCCAGCGCCUCAUCCGCAUGGGCAUACACGUCACCCUCUCCACCACCGUCUUCGCCCACCGCUUAAUGCUCAAAGCCAACGCCGCCGGCGUCCCCCGCGUCGCCGGCUUCACCAUCACCCCUUUCUCCGACGGCUACGACGAGCACGGCUUCAGAAUGAACCACGACGACAUGAACCAAUACUUGUCCGAUCUCAGGACCCGAGGUUCCCAGGCUUUGAGAGACAUCCUCUCCGGCUGCGCCUCCGACGGCCGCCCCGUCACGGCGGUCGUCCGGAAUAUCCUGCUUCCCUGGGUCGGCGACGUGGCGCGUGAGCUCAAACUUCCGACCGCCCUCCUCUGGAUUCAACCCGCCGCCGUAUUGGGUAUUUACUACCACUAUUUCCACGGGUACAAGGACGCCAUAUUGGAAAAGGAGGUGGUUGAGCUGCCGGGGCUGCCGCCGCUUUCAAGGGCCGAUCUCCCGUCGUUCUUUUUGCCCUCCGGCUCCGACGGAGAUUAUAGUUUCGCUCUGGCCACCUUCAAAGAGGAACUGGAAAAGCUAGACGAGCUUCAACCCAGUGAUCAGACGGUGCUGGUCAACACGUUCGACGCCUUAGAGGCGGAGACACUGAAGGCCGUUGAGAUAAGGUACCGUACUAUCAUUGCCGGUUGCAGUGCUAAUAUUCGCUCCAAUCAUUGAUUUUAUAGAAUAGAGAAAAUUGCAAAACCAAGGACAUGUUUACUUCACCGGUUAUUAAACGGUGCUUAUUAAGACCCGUGUUAAUAAGCGGCGCAUAAAAUAAACAAUGUUGUAAGACCGUGUUUACUUCAAACGGUUUAAAACACCGCUUAACAUUAAAAUGUCCAAAAUAACCCUAUACAUAUAUAUACACACAAACAUUCAUGAACACAAGUAUAU